CUUGGCCAAACCCUCGAACUCGAAGAGGGAGAGCGACCUCUGAUCCGUGGUCACAGAUCGACUAACUUGAAUUCCACAUUGGAAUCCACUCCUCAGUGAGAAUCAGCCAAGUGUGGCGCCCAACGUGGAAUCCAACUCCCAUAUGGCCCGGGCAGGAAACUCCGUUCAAGCCGACAUUUCUGGUAGAGAUCUUGAGUAAUCUGCUUGGGCUGUAAAGUUUUUCGAGAAACAGUUUUCGCGUGCAUUCCAAACGAGACGGUUCGACUUUAAGAAAAUCGCGGAGAACUCAUCGUUAUCCAUGGCAAAUGAGUUUCAGGUGUUGUUGGUGGCUAAUUGAAUGAAAAACGCCUUUAGGAAAAGCAAAAGUGCUUUCGAAAGUGAAGUGAAUUAAAUUAAAAUAAAACGAAAAGGUUUUUGUCUAAAUAUUGCUGAAAAGUAGAAAAAGUGUUACUAUUUUAUAUAGGAUACAAAGUGAAAGAGAUUUAACUUUACCAUUAUUUGGAUUAUUAUUGGUUUAUUCGGAUUAAUAACGCAACGAAAAGGAUUAUCUAUUGGAUUAAUUAGCAAUUGACUAUGUACCCAGUUGGCCACAACAAAUCCAUUCCGUCAAAAAAACCAAUGGUCUAGCUUAUUGCCAUGAUGUUAUUGCCCAUUUUCCUGCUGCUCUGUAUUGGCUUUACUCUGAUCAGGGCAGAAAGUUGUCCUCCAUCGCAGGCUAUUUUACCCUGUCGCUGUUCCUUGCGCGGAAAGGAAAUCCAGAUAUGGUGCUCACACAGCAACCUGCCUCAGAUUAUAGACGGCUUAAAAGCUGUGGAACGAAACAUAAAAGGACGGAUUGAUGAACUGGUGCUGGAGAACAACCAGUUACCAGCAUUGCCAGGACGUUUCUUUGGCAGCCUGCAGAUUGUACGACUGAUGCUGCGGCACAAUAGCAUCGAAAGGGUAUCCAAUGGAUGGCUGAAUGAGCUUGAGAACGGACUGGUGGAGAUUUUUGUGGUGGAACCUCAACUGCGCAGCAUUCCAGCGGAGAGUUUAAACGGGAUGAUUAAUAUGCUGGCCAUCACCAUCCAGAGUGAUGAGUUAAAGCAUCUUCCAGAUUUCUCUGGACUGCUUAGUUUGACCUAUCUGAGUGUCCAAACAGGAGCUCUCCAGGAGUUGCCUUCCCAUCUUUUUAGACAUCUCCCCAAAUUACAGCAUAUACAUAUAACAGGAGGCGUAGGUCUCACUCGCUUGGAGGCGGGUCUCUUUGAUGGUUUGAUUUCCCUGAAGAACCUUGAUCUCUCCCACAAUGGUCUUAAUUGGAUUCACUUGCGAGCUCUGUCCAGAUUACCCAACUUGGUCAGCUUAAAACUUUCCUACAAUCAGAUCAGUGAUGUGGGCAUGGUGGGCCGCAUUGUUAAGGAUCUGGAGCAUUUGAAGAAACUGCGUUUGGACCACAACCUCAUCACUGUUAUAGAGGACGGCUCCUUUGUGGAUCUGCCCAAUCUUUCAGAGCUUCACUUAAAUGAUAAUAGGAUUACGGAACUGCAAUAUGGAGCUUUCCUGCGCACACCUCAAUUGAAAACAAUUUAUCUGCAGAACAAUCUCAUCCGACGGAUACAUCCCGAAUCUCUACUUCAGGCUAGUGGAAGUGGCGUGGAGGCGGUCCACAUCUACAAUAAUGAGAUUGGUCAUGUGGAGGCUUUAAGGGCUUUGUUGGAUGCAUUACCCACUCUACGCUAUCUGGACAUGAGUGGCAAUCUGUUGAGCGAACUACCCUAUGGGGCUCUUCGUGGUCAUGGAACUCUAGAGCAACUGCAUCUCAACCACAACCAUCUGAGACUCAUUGAAAGGGAUGCUUUGAUGGCCAUGCCCGCCUUGAGGGAACUUCGGAUGAGGAAUAAUAGUCUGUCUUCGGAUUUACCUUUACCAUUUUGGAAUCUUCCUGGCCUAAAAGGACUCGACUUGGCUCAGAAUCAAUUUGGCAGAGUGGAUUCCCAGUUGCUGGCCGGGCUUCCCUCUUUACGACGUCUGGAUCUUAGCGAGAAUGGGCUAACCGAACUGGCACCCAAUAGUUUUCGUCAUAAUCCCCUCCUCGAAACUCUCAACAUAUCCUCCAACGAGCUGACCAAAAUCCACACUUCCACCCUAAUCCAUUUGGAGAGACUCUUUGAAGUGGAUGCCAGUUACAAUCAGCUAAAGACAGUUAUCGGAGGACUUCCUAGAAUUGUGGAGCGCAUCUCGCUGAAGGGUAACCAUAUUACUUCACUACCAGCAGCCGCUAGCAAAGACUUGCAAUUGCCCAACCUGCGAAUGCUGGAUCUUAGCCAGAAUCGCAUAGAACAACUCCCAAGACAUGGUUUUCAGGGGGCCUCGGAAUUGAGGGUUUUGAGUCUAGCUCAGAAUGAGCUACGUCAACUGGAGGACACAUCCUUUAUAGGAAUCCAACGUUUGGAGCUGCUACACUUACAGGAAAAUCAACUGGGUGAAGCGGAUGAGCGAGCUUUGCUGCCCUUAGCGGAACUAAGGAAUCUAAACCUACAGUCCAACAAAUUGGAAGCCAUUACAGAUAAUUUCUUCUCGAACAACAGUAGGCUAGAGCAGCUGGACCUAUCCAGGAAUCUCAUAAGGAGCAUCUCGCCAACGGCAUUCGAUACUCAGAGAUCUCUGGAGUAUCUGGAUCUUUCAGGAAAUGCCCUCCUGGACAUAUCAGUGGGAUUGGGUAACUUAAACAACCUGCGAGACAUCGAUCUGAGUUAUAAUCAAAUAUCCCGUGUCCAAUCCGAUGUGAUUGGUGGCUGGCGAAAUGUGGUGGAGAUUCGUUUGUCCAAUAAUCUCAUUGUAGAGCUUCAGCAAGGAACUUUCCGAAACCUUCCUAAGCUGCAAUAUUUAGAUCUAAGCAGCAAUGAGAUCCGAAAUGUAGAACCUGGAGCUCUCAAAGGACUUGAUGAACUUCAGGAAUUUGUCCUUGCUGAUAAUAAAUUAGUGGAGCUGAAGGAUCAUGUUUUUGAAGAGCUGCCAAAUCUGCUGGCAUCCCACUUUCAGUACAACAAACUGCGCUACAUCUCUCCGGAAAGCUUCCACAAUGCCAAUUCCCUGGUUUUCCUGAAUCUAUCCAAUAAUCACUUUAGAAACAUGGAGAAUAUUGGUCUUCGCAGCAUGCGCAAUCUGGAAGUUUUGGAUCUGUCCACCAAUGGGGUCAAGCUGGUGUCCACAAUGCCAUUGAAGGCACUUAAUUGGUUGGUGGAACUUAAAAUGGACAACAAUCAGAUAUGUAGGAUUCAGGGUUCUCCUUUCGAAACGAUGCCCCGUUUGCGAGUUCUCUCCAUGAGGAAUAACCAACUUAGAAGCAUUAAAGAGCGUACCUUCCGAAACCUUCGGGGAAACAUUGCUAUUUUGGAUGUGGACGGCAAUCCCAUUGACUGCAAUUGCGAAAUGCAGUGGCUCUCUGUGUGGCUGCAGGAAACAAAUUUCCCAUACCCAGGACCCAAGUGCCAAGAUGGCCGACUUCUAAGAGCAGCCCGCAUGGAGAGGAGUCUCUGUGUGGGUCCAGAUAUCUAUGGCAAUGAACGAACCGAUGGCAAUCAGUUGCCACUCCUUAAUGAGCACGGCGAUGUCUUUCAACGAGAUUUGCCUGACGAUUUCAAUGAUGAGUGUGAGGCGAGUGAGGGUACACGACUACCAGGCGAUCGCCCUCUGGUCGGGGAGAGCGAGUACUUCUAUGAUCAGUAUGUAGAUGCCACCGAAGCACCAGAUACCACCAACUCCGUGAUCAGUACAUCACAGCGACCCAAGCCGAAUCCCACACUAAACAGCAAUCUAGAUCUGAAUAAUACCAUACUCAAUACGAAAUAUUUUAAUCGAAGACCUCAGCCAGGAAAUGGAUCACCUUUUACCUUCUUUGGAUAUCCCUUGCCCAGUGUGAGUUUGGGUAGGUUCUUCGGUUUUGGAGAUCGUGGACGAAAACAGCGAACGGAUGGUGGUAUUGAUGAGAUGCCCGCCACCCAUCGAAUGGCUCAUAUAAAUCUGCCCAGUGGUCGUGGGAAAACGAGGAUGUAUCAGCCGAACAGUGCCGAGUUUGAAAAGUACUUGAAGGAUCAGCAGCAGCAGGAGAAGCAGAACAUAGCCAGGAAUCGUUAUGUGGAUACGGAGUCCACCACUUCUUCCGUGGAGGAUGCACUGAGCAAUGAGAGUGGAAGUGCCGCCACCACAGUGGGUGUCUUUCGCACCACCUUUCGUGAGCCAUCAAGCAUCGAACGCGGUGGUUUCCGUCCCAUUGUUCCAGUCCAUGUCGGUGGUUUUAUGCCUGUACAUGAUCCUCAGCAACGGCGUGGUUUGGUGGAGGCAGUAAAUGUCACCGCAAAAUCACCGGAAAUGAUCCAAGGCAAAGGCGAAAGAAAGUUUAUACCCAUUUCCAUUCAGGCAAGUCCCAGGCCAACCAAAAGUAGCAGUGAAUCUUCAGAGACGGCUACAUAUGAAGUCACAGAAACCACUCCGGAUGUUACCACGACAACACCCUUGAUGACAAGGAUCACCACCAGUACAACCAGAGCAUCUACAACGACUACAGCAAGGAGUACUACAACUACUAGUACCCAAGGCACUACUAUAUAUGACACUUCAUCCAGCAGUGAACAGCAGGAAUCACAAUAUGAUGAUGACGAUCUGGAGGCACAAUCUGUGACAUUGCUAAGGCCUCCUCCUAUGGUCCAGACAACCACAGCGGAGACGAUCUUGCUAAUUCCCCCUGCUGAAGAGCAUGUGGCGCAGAUCAAGAGUCGCUCCUGGGUGACCACCACAACGCCUCAGAGCCCGACUGACUAUCAAGUCACACCAGCCCGUCCCACAAGCACAGUGCCACCACCGCCACCUCCUUCUCCACCGUUAAGAGGUGGAGGACGCUCCACCAUCACCAAAGUGUACACGCCUUACCAGCAACAGGUGGCCCAACCCACCGCGGAGGAAUACCAACGAACUACGCCCAGUGCGGAUAACGAGGGGGUGGCCAGCGAACAUCAGCUCACGGCUAAAGCCCAGAAACGCACAGAGGUGGAACUCCUGCAGGUGGAUCGAGUAGAUCGCAAAGACGGCAUGGAUUGGUAUUAUGAGAGCUUCAAGAAGAAGCGCGACUUCAAUGGAGGUGCUGCUGUGCGGAAAACGGCCCACAAAGAGGUGUACUUUGAUGGAAUAGGUGCUUCAUCUAGUUGGAAUGGAUUGCACAAGAAAGAAAUCCUCUUCCUCAGCUUGUUAUUGUUGUGGGGAGCAUGUUAAA